AUGCCUGAUGAAAAUGUGCCUCCUAAAUCUGUUAAUUCCGAGUCUAAUGAAACUUUGAUAAGACUUGAUGAUAUAUAUGCUAAUGUUAGGAGCAUGAUUCUUACUACUGAACCUCUACCAAAUGUGAAAACUGCUUUUGCUUUGAUUUCAAGGGAAGAAUCACAUAGAGAUUCAGGGGCAAACCAGCAUAUGACAGGUUCACAAAAGAACAUGUUUAAUCUUGUUGAUAUUUCAGAUCUAAACUUAACAGUUUCUCAUCCAAAUGGAACAAAAGCUAAAAUUACUAAAAUUGGAAAUUUAAGACUUUCUUCUAAUAUAGUUCUAUUUGAUGUGCUGGUUAUACCUGGAUACUGUGUUAGUCUCUUAUCUGUUCACAAACUUGCUAGAGUAGAUUUGAUUUCAAAAAAGACUCUGUGGACUGGUAGUUGUAAUGGAGGCUUAUAUGUGUUUGACAAUAUGCAUGUAGGUAAUUCUUUUAUGUCUUGCAAUAGUUUUGUGUGUUGUAUAUCUCAAAGUUUGUGGCAUAGUAGAUUAGGUCAUCCUGCAGAUCAAGUAUUAUAUGUCUUAAAAGAUGAAUUAAAAUUAAAAUAUGAUUCUGAACAUGGUCCUUGUGAAGUGUGUCAUAAAGCUAAACAAACUAGGGAACCAUUUCCAUUAAGUGAUCAUAAAACUAAGAGUUUAGGAGAACUUGUUCAUUUAGAUCUUUGGGGACCAUAUAGAGUAACAAGUAGAGAUGGUUAUAAGUAUUUCCUAACUAUUGUUGAUGAUUUUUCAAGGGCUGUUUGGGUGUUUCUUCUUAAAAGCAAAGAUGAAGUUUAUGAAAAUAUUGUGAAUUUUGUUAGUCUAAUUAAAAAUCAGUUUGAUAAGAAUAUUAAAUGCUUCAGAAGUGACAAUGGCACAGAGUUUAUUAAUCAUAGAAUGUUACCAUCUAGGGUCUUAGCAGGAAAGUCACCUUUUGAGUUGGUUUAUGGGUUUAAACCCAAACUCUUCCAUUUAAGGAAUUUUGGUUGUUUAUGUUUUGCUACAAAUGUUAAUUUGCAUGAUAAAUUUGCUCAGAGAUCUGAAAAAGAUGUUAAGUUUUAUGAAGAAAUUUUUCCUUUAAAACAAAAGGAUAAACAGUUUUAUGAAACCAAUAAUCUUGAUCAUGCAAAUUUUUUUGAUUUAUUUUCUUCUGAAAAUACAACCAUAAUUUCUGAAACUCCCUAUGAUGAAGGAAGAGUUUAUUCUGAUAAUGGUGAACACAAAGCAACCCCACUUGGUAGUUCCAUAGGAGCAACUAGUGGUGGAGGUACUGAUGCAAACCUAAAUGGUGAUCAGAAUGAUAUUCCUGAGGGUAAUUUGUUUGAUGAAAAUCAUAUUAAUCCUAAUGACUUUCCUGCUGACCAAGCUAAUCUAAGAAGGUCUAAUAGAAAUGUUGGUAUGCCAAUUAAAUAUGGUGAUUAUGUAGUUGAAGGAAAAGUUAAGUAUGGUUUAGAAAGAGUUGUGAAUUAUACUCAUCUUUCAAAAGAGAAUAUCUGUUUUGUGUCAAGUUUAAAUAAAAGUGUUGAACCUAAAAGUUAUAAAGAAGCAUGUGAAAUAGAAAGGUAUAAAGCAAGAUUAGUUGCUAAAGGCUAUAAUCAAAGAACUGGCUUGGAUUUUGAAGAGACUUUUGCUCCUGUUGUUAAAAUGGUUACAGUUAGAUGUUUGUUAAAUCUUGCUGUACAGAAUAAAUGGAAAUUGUUUCAGAUAGAUAUAAAUAAUGUUUUCUUAUAUGGCAAUUUAAAUGAAGAUGUUUAUAUGGACUUGCCUGAUGGCUAUUUUGGUAAACAAGAUGGUAAAGUAUGUAAGUUGGUAAAAUCAUUGUAUGGUCUUAAACAAGCACCUAGACAAUGGAAUGAAAAAUUGACUUUAUCUCUUGUUGAUAUGGAAUUUAUUAAAAGCAAAAGUGAUUAUUCCUUGUUUACCAAAAAUGAAAAAGGUGUGUUUCUUGCUUUACUUGUAUAUGUAGAUGAUAUAGUUGUUACUGGAAUAGAAAUUCUUAAAACUGAGAAUAGAAUUUGUCUUUCUCAAAGAAAGUAUUGUUUGGAACUCUUAAAUGAGUUUGGAUUAUUAGGUUGCAAACCUAUGAAGUCACCUUUGGAAGCAAACUGUGUUCUUUAG